UCACCCGAUCGCUGGAUUCUUGUCACGGAUGCCGAGCGCUCUGCGAUCGUUCCGGCGGCGCGGAACCGAGCUACGGACAAGCGGAGGAAGCGGCGGAUACGGCUGAAAGUAGAAGGAUCACCGGUAAUAGGCAGCACCGGGGAGCUGCCGCUGCGGAGAUGUGCUCGGCGGGGAGGCGCUGGGGCCGGCGGCAGCGAGCUCUGCUCUGGGCCGUCCUACUGGCGGCGUGGGAGGCGGCGUGGGGGCAGCUGCGCUACUCGGUGCCCGAGGAGAUGCCCAAGGGCUCGUUCGUGGGCGACGUGGCCAAGGACCUGGGGCUGCAGCUGCCGGCGCUCCGAGAUCCUGGUGUUCGCUUAAUAGAAAGAGGUAGGAGGCAGUAUUUCUCUCUGCAUGAAAAGACGGGCUAUUUGGUGACGGCGGAGAGGAUCGACAGAGAGCAUCUGUGUGAGCGUGUGCAGCAAUGCGUGCUGCGUUGUGAGCUGAUAGUGGAGGGGGAAAUGAAGUUUUAUGAAAUCGAAGUGGAAAUCACGGACACUAACGAUAAUGAGCCCAGAUUCCGAGAGGCAGAAAUAGAGCUCCAGAUGAGUGAGAUGACAGCCCCGGGGUCGCGGAUUCCUCUGGCGGAGGCUCACGACCCAGACUCAGGUCGGAAUUCCCUGCAGAGCUACGAGCUGAGCGGUGACGAGCACUUCUCGCUGGCCGUGCAGGCGGGCCCCGGCGGCGAUCAGCGUCCCGAGUUGGUGCUGGCCAAGGCGCUGGACCGGGAGGAGGCGGCGUUUCACGAGCUGGUGCUGAGGGCGAGUGACGGCGGCGAUCCGGCACGGACAGGCACGACUCGGAUCCGCGUGACGGUGGUGGAUGCGAACGACAACGCUCCCGUGUUCAGCCAGGCGGAGUACACGGUGCGUGUGCCCGAGGACGUACCCGUGGGCUCCACUCUUGUCACCGUCAUGGCCACGGACGCUGACGAGGGUCUGAACGGACAGGUGAAAUACUCGUUAAAAAUAACUGAAAAAGUCUCGCAGAUAUACAACCUGGACGUCAGCAAAGGAGCGAUCACACUAUUGCGGAACUUGGAUUUCGAGGAAGACGACUUCUACGAAUUAGAGGUGCAGGCACAUGAUGCUGGAGCUCUUUUCGACACGGCAAAAAUCACCAUAACCGUAACAGACGUCAAUGACAACGCACCUGAACUGACAGUAUCGUCAGCUCUGACUGAGAUCUCUGAGGAUGCCCCGUCCGGGACGGUGAUAGCCCUCCUGCACGUGCUUGACCGGGACUCGGGGUCCAACGGCGAGGUGCGCUGCAUGAUCGAAGGGGACGUCCCGUUUCGGCUGCAGAGCUCUCACGGCAGUUACUACAGCGUGGUGACAGCGAGAGAGCUGGACCGAGAGGAGGUGUCGGAGUACAACGUGACGGUGCGGGCGGCCGACGGCGGGUCGCCGGCGUUGCAGAGCAGCACGGUGCUUUGUCUGCGGGUGCUGGACGUGAACGACAACGCGCCGGUGUUCGCGGAGGAGCGCUACAGCGCGCGUGUGGCGGAGAACAACGCGGCGGGCGCGCUGGUGCUGACGGUGCGCGCGACGGACGCGGACUGGGGGCAGAACGCGCGCGUUCGGUACCGGCUGGGCGAGGGGCGGGUGCGGGGCGCGCCGCUGUCGUCGUACGUGUCGGUGCAGGCGGAGACGGGCGCGCUGUACGCGCUCUCCUUGGACUACGAGCAGGUGCGCGAGCUGCGGCUGUGGGUGCUGGCGGAGGACGGCGGCGCGCCGGCGCUGAGCAGCAACGUGUCGGUGCUGGUGCAGAUCGUGGACGAGAACGACAACGCGCCGCAGGUGCUGUACCCGGCGCCGGCGGCUGCGCUGGGCUCGGGCUCGGGCGGGGCGUGGUCGGGCGUGGAGCUGGCGCCGCGCUGGUCGGAGCCGGGCGCGCUGGUGGCCAAGGUGGUGGCGGUGGACGCGGACGCGGGCCAGAACGCGUGGCUGUCGUACGAGCUGGCCAAGGCGACGGAGCCGGGGCUGUUCCGCGUGGGGCUGCACAGCGGCGAGGUGCGCACGGCGCGCUCGCCGCAGACCCGCGACGCGGCACGGCAGAGCCUGGUGGUGGUGGUGAAAGACCACGGGCGGCCGGCGCUGUCGGCCACGGCCACGCUGAGCGUGGUGCUGGCCGAGAGCGUGGCCGAGCUGCUGGCCGAGCUGGGCAGCGCGGCCGACGAGGCGGCGGCGCCGGGCGAGCCGGGUGGGAGCCUGACGCGCUGGCUCGUGCUGGCCGUGGCCGCCGUGUCCUGCCUCUUCCUCGCCUUCCUGCUGCUGCUGCUGGCGCUGCGCCUGCGCCGCUGGCACCGCCAGCAGCUGCUGCCGCCCGCCAGCGGCGCCUUGCGCGGCGUGCCCGUGUCGCACUUCGUAGGCAUCGACGGCGUGCGCGCCUUCCUGCAGUCCUACUCGCACGACGUGUCGCUCACGGCCGACUCGCGCAAGAGCCAGCUGCGCUUCUCGGCCAGCGCCAGCUGCUGCGACACCCUCCCGGCCCGGCCACUGCCCGACGAGCCCGCGCCGCUGCUCGGCGACGAGGACACUGCCGGCGCCAUUCCCGUGGAUCCUGUCGCUCCCUCGCCGGGCCCCCUUGAGCGCGGCCAUGCGGCGGCUGCAGCGUCGCGGCGGCGCCUCCGGGUGUCGCUGUUGGCCGCCGCCGAGCGGCGCUGGAGCCGCCGCCGCCGCAGCGUCCUGCCCCCGCAGGCUGCUCGCUCGCCCGGCGCCGGCCAGAGCGGCAGCGGCACCGCCAGCAGCAGCGAGAGGCGGCGGAAAGAGGCGGGAAGCAGGGUAGCGCAGGAGGCAGGAGCGCGGCGAGCUGUGUCGGCGGCAGAGAAUGGGGUGAGGCGGCGGCAGAGGCUGGGGCCGGGUGGCGGGCGAGCGCUGCUGGGCGCGGUGCUGCUGUGCGUGUGGUGGCGGGCGGCGGCCGAGCGGGUCCGCUACACCAUCGCCGAGGAGCUGGGCAGAGGCUCGCUCGUGGGGCCGCUGGCGCGGGACCUGGGGCUGAGCGCGGACGAGCUACCGGCGCGCAAGCUGCAGGUGGCGUCUACCGGCAAGAAGCAGCUGAAAUACUUCACGGUGAAUGAGGAGAACGGGAACCUGUAUGUGAACGAGAGGCUAGACCGGGAGGAGAUGUGCGGCGCUUCGGCGACCUGCUCGAUCAGCUUCGAGGCGCUGGUGCACAACCCGCUGAACAUUUUCCGCGUCGAGGUGUCCAUCGAAGACGUGAACGACAAUUCCCCAGUCUUCAGCAAGGCUAUUCUGGACCUGGAGAUUGGAGAGUGGACGCUUCCCGGUGCUCAUUUUCCCCUGGAGAUGGCUCGAGAUACCGACAUAGGAAGGAAUUCGCUGCUGACUUACCAACUCACAAGCGACCCGUCAUUUUCACUGUCCAUGAAAGAAAAGCCAGGUGGGAAAAAGCAGCCGGAAUUAGUGCUAGAGAGAGCCUUGGACCGAGAGAAGCAGAGUUCCUUCGAGUUGGUGCUGACAGCAGUAGACGGCGGGGACCCUGCGAGGUCCGGGACAGUUCAGGUUCACAUCAACGUGACGGAUUUAAAUGACAACCCGCCCCUGUUCAGCAAAGGCGUCUACGAGGCGCGAGUGGGGGAGAAUCUGCCGGCGGGGUCGCUGGUGCUGCAGGUGCGGGCCACAGAUGCCGACGCAGGCACCAACGGGCGCGUCUCCUACUCCUUCGGCAAUGUCCCAGAUGGAGUCCGCUUGUUGUUCACUGUCGACAGCGAGAGUGGCGAAGUCAGGACUGUGGGUCCACUGGAUUUUGAGGAGGAAAAGAAAUACGUCUUUGGCUUAGAGGCUACAGACGGCGGUGGGCUCACCGAUCACUGCGAAGUGCAAAUCGACAUCAUGGACGAGAAUGACAACGCGCCCGAGAUCACAAUUUUAUCCCUGUCAGGCCCGGUUCCCGAGGACGCGCCUGUGGGCACCGUGGUGGCCCUGUUGAACGUGAACGACCCAGACUCGGGCGAGAACGGUCAGGUGUCGUGCGAGCUGUCGGGCGAGGCGCCACUGUCGAUCGUGGCGUCGCCGGGCGGCUCGUACAAGGUGGUGACGGCGAGCGCGCUAGACCGCGAGCAGGCGUCCGAGCACCGCGUGACGGUGGUGGCCCGGGACCGCGGCCGGCCGGUGUUGUCGAGCAGCGCGGAGCUGGUGCUGGAGGUGUCGGACGUGAACGACAACGCGCCGGUGUUCGAGGAGGCGGUGUACAGCGCGUACGUGGCGGAGAACAACGCGGCGGGAGCGCUGUUGCUGCGCGUGCAGGCGCGGGACGCGGACGCGGGCGCCAACGGGCGCGUGAGCUACUGGCUGGCGGGCGGCAGCGCGGGCGCGGCGGGCGCGGCGCCGCUGGUGUCGGUGGAGGCGCGGAGCGGCGCGCUGUACGCGCAGCGCUCCUUGGACUACGAGCAGUGCCGCGAGUUCUCGGUGGAGGUGCGGGCGCAGGACGGCGGCGCGCCGGCGCGCAGCUCCACGGCCACGGUGCGCGUCUUCGUGCUGGACCGCAACGACAACGCGCCGCGGGUGCUGUGGCCGGCGGCGGUGGCGGCGCCGGCAGAGGCUGCGGCAGUGGCGCCGUUCGAGGUGGUGCCGCGCUCGGCCGAGGCCGGCUACCUGGUGGCCAAGGUGGUGGCGGUGGACGCGGACGCGGGGCGCAACGCGUGGUUGUCGUACGAGCUGGUGCAGGCGUCGGAGCCGGCGCUGUUCCGCGUGGGGCUGCACAGCGGCGAGGUGCGCACGGCGCGCGCCGUGUCCGAGCGGGACGCGGCCAAGCAGCGGCUGGUGGCCGUGGUGAAGGACCACGGGCAGCCGGCGCUGUCGGCCACGGCCACGCUGCACGUGGUGCUGGCCGAGAGCUUGCAGGAGGCGCUGCCGGAGCUGAGCGAGCGGGCGGCGGGCGCCGAGGCAGCGGCGGCGGCGGCCGAGCUGCAGUUCUACCUGGUGCUGGCUCUGGCGCUGCUGUCGGCGCUGUUCGUGCUGAGUGUGGCGCUGGCCGUGCUGGCGCGGCUGCGCCGGGCCGGGCCGCCCGCCGUGCUGCGCUGCCUGGGCGCGCAGCGCUUCUCGGUGGCCGGCGCCGCCUUCCCGGCCGACUUCUGCGAGGGCACCUUGCCCUAUUCCUACAACCUGUGCGUGGCGGCGCCGGCCCGCGCCGUGCCCGAGGCCGCUUGGCCUCCGCCGCCGGUGCCCGUGCUGUCGGCGGAGGAGCUUCUGGGCGCCGAUUCCUGCGAGAAGCCGAGCUCGAACAGCAGCGCAGUUGUGGGAGUAGUGUCCGCAAAUCCCGACGCACCGCAGCAAGCUCAACCUAACACAGAUUGGCGCUUCUCUCAGACCCAGAGACCUGGAACAAGUGGCUCCCAGAAUGGAGAGGAAGCUGGAGCCUGGCCCAACAACCAGUUUGACACAGAGAUGCUCCAAGCCAUGAUCCUGGCUUCAGCCAAUGAAGCUGCUGAUGGUAACUCGACCCUGGGCGGUGGCAAUGGCACCAUGGGGCUGAGUGCCCGCUACGGGCCCCAGUUCACCCUGCAGCACGUCCCCGACUACCGGCAGAACGUCUACAUCCCGGGCAGCAACGCCACCCUCACCAACGCCAACGGCAAGCGCGACGCCAAGAACGCCGCCCCCGCCGCGGGCAACAAGAAAAAAUCCGGCAAAAAAGAGAAGAAGUAGUGAAGAAGAAAAAGGAGACCUUAGAGCUACAGGGCAGCCGGCUCCAGCACUCCCCCCAAAACCACAGCCCAGGCCGGAGGACGAAUGUGAAAUUUUUUAAUUUUUUUUUUUUUGGUGGUGCAAAAGUAGGAAAUGCUGCGAAUGUAUCUCGUCAUCAUCAGAGCUGAGAGCAGGGGCUCGCUGCUCUCAGGUCUCGUGAUGGAAAGCAAUCCGGAAUCUAAAGCGAACGCAAACAAGUGCCCUGUGAAUAAUGUUUUCUACAAUCCCUCGGGUAUUCCAAUAUGCAAGGGCGGAAGCUCUUUUGCCGUGUCUUUGGAUCUAAUUUGCUCCGAGCAAAGGCACGAGGCUUCGCUCGGCUUUGCCCAGUGUAAAUAAUUUUAAUGUGGAUCUUUUAAUUUAUAGCCCUUCAGCUAUUUUUUGGAAAGGGAAAGGAAGUUCUUAGCUUAGAGCCCACGCUCCAGUUCUUUACUCUUAAAUUUUCCAUUCGUAAAAUUCACCCCCAGUCAAUGCUAGCGAUGGAUUUUGGAAUUUGGAAGUUGGUAGGGAGUGCUUCAGUUCCUGCUUACCUGUCAUCUGGGAAAAACAAAAUUGUUUAUAUUGCAUGAGUCAAAGGGAAUAUGGCAAAGCUGCAUCCUAAACAUUUCUUUUUUUAAAAAUUUUGUUUGUUUUUUUCAAGUGUAACCACUAAUGGCCUGAAAUAAGAUAAGGAAAAAGCCCUCCUGCUGUGUGAGGGGCAGGGAAUUCCAUGAGGAGCACGCCGAGGUGCGCGGCAGCUGCCCCGGCGGUUCUAGGGGUCUCCGAAGAGCAGACACAUCUCAAACCUUCUUUUUGCAGUAAAUAUUUAUAUGUACAGUCGAUGUUCUUAUGGAAUUAAGGCUAAGAGAGCCUCGCUCCCCCCACGGCCAGGCCUGGCCGGGUCCCCCUCGCCGGGGGGACACGGGGACGACGCUUCACUGUCUGCACACGGUGUCUGCAUGCACGUCCCUCACCUCACACCUGCACUAGCGCCGUAGCUCCACGGACCCGCACAAAUCCUCGCAUGCCCACGUGGCGUGAACGCGCCGGCAGGCCCGAGCUCCGUGCCGGGGCUGCCCUGGGGAAGGGGUGGGAGGGGGUGGGAUGGCUCAGGAGAGCUGGGGGGAACUCAUUAUUGCUUCUAGUUGGGACCCCAAAGGUUGUUUGGGGUGGUGGGGCGGUUCUGCCAGGCGGCUCUUGGGGUGGGACGCGCGGAGCUGCGGGUGCAUGGCUUUGGGGAGGGUUGGUGGAUGAGUAAGUGAUGGUUGCUUUGGUGGCGUUUGGGGACCAGAUCCGGACGAGGGAGCCAAGAGUUGCAAAAUGCGGGGCAAUAAUUGGGGAAGUGUCACAUGGGACCAUGCAGGGCCAGCCUGGGGGAGGGGAUGAUCCCGCUGGCUUUGGGGUUUGUACCCUGUGGGGAGAAUUGGAGGAUGAGGAUUAGAGUUUCUCCAUGUGUCCAUCACCAAAGCACCAGGCCAGCUUCCCCUAGCAAAGCAGCUCUGAGCCCCCGGGAGAGGCACAUGGGGGUUUGUGUCGCCAGAGCCAGGAGAGGAGCUCUGGGGUGGCCAGGAAGGAUCCACACCGAGUUUCCCAUGGGGGUGUGUGUGUUUUUUUUUUCUUUUUUUAAUCACUAACACGUAACUCACCCGAGCAGAUCCAGGCUCUCCCCACCCCUGCCCCCUCCCCAGCCCCAGGGCAGCAGGAGCAUCCUCCGUGUUCCAUCUGGAUCCUGCCACCUCCGGGUGCGGCUCCCACCCUGUCCCCUGCAGCUGCCACCUGCCCCUCCUCUAGAAACGCUGUAGCUGAAUCGUAGUCUUUAUAUUUUUCUUUUUAAUCUGCAAUCUGAGGUAGCGUAGUGAGUGUCGUGUAUUUAGUGGCGUGUUAUUUUUAAUCGCGGUAACUAACUUGUGGACAUCAGUAUUUUCAAUUUUCUCUGUAUCUUCUUUCCAUGUGCUCUGUGCUCCGAGUGUACGUGAAAUGAAACACGUUUGCCCUUUCAAUGUGUCUAAUAUUGAAUUAUACUUAUAUAUUAUAUAUAUGCUUAUAUCCUUCUUAUAUCCAUAUAGACCAACGUCGAUGUGUUACACGCAAGUUUUAUACUCUAAUAUUUAUAUUGCUUUUUUUCUUUGGGAAAAAAAAAUAAUAAAAUGGUUUCUUCUGAA